UUCAUUUUUGUGAAGUAAUUUAAUAAAAUUCCCUCAAUAUGGGUUCACUCUUUAGGAGUGAAGAGAUGGCUUUAUGCCAAAUGUUUAUACAACCUGAAGCAGCCUAUACAUCUGUAUCAGAAUUAGGUGAAACAGGAGCUGUACAAUUUCGUGAUCUUAACAGCGGUGUUAAUGUUUUUCAACGUAAAUUUGUUUCUGAAGUUCGACGUUGUGAUGAAUUAGAUCGUAAACUUCGUUAUAUUGAAGCUGAAGUAAAAAAAGAUGGUGUUAUUAUUGCCGAAUUAAAUGAUGAUAUACCAAAAGCACCAAAUCCACGUGAAAUAAUUGAUUUAGAAGCACAUUUGGAGAAAACAGAAAAUGAAAUUUUAGAAUUAUCACAAAAUGAAGUGAAUUUAAAAUCAAAUUAUAUGGAAUUAACUGAAUUGAGACAAGUAUUGGAAAAUACUCAAGGUUUCUUUUCAGAUCAAGAAAUAUUAAAUUUAGAUACAAUGCGUAAUAGUAUAAUACCGAUUGAAGAGGGUGCACAACAAGCAGCACAACAACAACAAUCACGUGGUCGUUUAGGUUUUGUUGCUGGUGUUAUACAACGUGAAAGAAUUUUCGCUUUUGAACGUAUGUUAUGGCGUAUAUCAAGAGGCAACGUAUUCGUACGUCAAGCUGAUUUACAAGAACCAUUAACUGAUCCAUCAAGUGGUCAUAAAAUUUAUAAAACUGUAUUUGUUGCAUUCUUUCAAGGUGAACAAUUAAAAAAUCGUAUUAAAAAAGUAUGUAGCGGUUUUCAUGCAUCAUUAUAUCCAUGCCCAAGUUCACAUAAUGAACGUCAAGAAAUGGUUAAAGGCGUACGUACACGUUUAGCUGAUUUACAAAUGGUUUUAAAUCAAACUGAAGAUCAUCGUAAACGUGUAUUGGUUAGUGUUGCCAAAGAAUUACCAAAUUGGAAUAUAAUGGUAAAAAAAAUGAAAGCAAUCUAUCAUACAUUGAAUCUAUUCAAUAUGGAUGUUACAAAUAAAUGUUUAAUUGGUGAAUGUUGGGUACCAGUUAAUGAUUUACCAAUUGUACAAAAAGCAUUAUCAGAUGGUUCAGCAGCUGUUGGUAGUACAAUACCAUCAUUUUUAAAUGUUAUUGAUACAAAUGAACCGCCACCAACAUUUAAUCGUACAAAUCGUUUUACACGUGGUUUCCAAAAUUUAAUUGAUGCCUAUGGUGUUGCAUCAUAUCGUGAAGCAAAUCCAGCUUUAUAUACAAUAAUAACAUUUCCAUUCUUAUUCGCUAUUAUGUUUGGUGAUUUAGGACAUGGUAUGAUAAUGGCUGCUUUUGCUGCAUGGAUGUGCGCUUUUGAACGUAAAUUGGGUGCAAAGAAAUCAAAUAAUGAAAUAUGGAAUAUAUUUUUUGGUGGACGUUAUAUAAUAUUAUUUAUGGGAUUAUUUUCAAUGUAUACCGGUCUAAUAUAUAAUGAUAUAUUUUCAAAAUCAAUGAAUAUAUUUGGUUCAACAUGGUUUGUAACAUAUAAUGAAACAACAGUUAUGUCUAAUAAAGAAUUACAAUUAAAUCCAACAACAGCAACAGCUGAAGAAGUUUAUCCAAUUGGUUUAGAUCCAGUAUGGCAAUUGGCAACAAAUAAAAUAAUAUUUUUAAAUACAUAUAAAAUGAAAUUAUCAAUAAUAUUUGGUGUUAUACAUAUGUUAUUUGGUGUUUGUAUGUCAGUUGUAAAUCAUUUACAUUUUAGACGUCCAAUGAAUAUUGUAUUAGAAUUUUUACCACAAAUAAUAUUUUUAGCAUUAAUGUUCGGUUAUAUGUCAUUUUUAAUGUUCAUUAAAUGGAUAUUAUAUAGUGCUAAAAAUGAUGAUUUUAAAUAUUCACCAACAUGUGCACCAUCGGUUUUAAUUACAUUCAUAAAUAUGGUAUUAUUUAAAAGUUCUGAUGUAGUUGAAGGAUGUGAUGCGAAUAUGUUUGAGGGACAAGAGAGUGUACAAAAAACAUUUAUAUUUAUUGCAUUAUUAUGUGUACCAUGGAUGUUAUUGGGUAAACCAAUAUAUAUAUUAAUUUCGAGGAAAAAUAAAGGUCAUUCAAAAUUCAAUGGUGACAUUAAUCAAGGUAUGGAAUUAACACCAGAACCUGGUUCAGAAAUUAUAACAACACAAUUAGAAACAUCUGAUAAUGGUACAGGUGGACAUGGCGGUGGUGGUGGUGGUGGCGGCGGACAUGGACAUGAAGAUGAACCAUUUAGUGAAAUUUUUAUACAUCAAUGUAUUCAUACAAUUGAAUAUGUAUUAAGUACAAUAUCUCAUACAGCAUCAUAUUUACGUUUAUGGGCUUUAUCACUUGCACAUGCCCAACUUUCAGAAGUAUUAUGGAAUAUGGUUUUAGCAUUGGGUUUAAAACAAGAAGGUUAUACAGGAGCAGUAUUCAUAUAUUUAAUAUUUUGGGCAUUUUCGUUCUUAACACUUGCUAUUUUAGUCCUUAUGGAAGGAUUAUCAGCAUUUUUACAUACAUUACGUCUACAUUGGGUUGAAUUUAUGAGUAAAUUCUAUGAAGGCUUGGGUUACAUAUUUCAACCAUUCAGUUUUAAAACAAUUCUGGAUAGUGAUGUUGUUGAUUAAGAAAUAUGUAUGUGUUUGCAUAUAGAACGAAAAACUGUAAAGGAUGAACAUUUUAAAUUGAAGAUUUUGGAAAGAAGAAAUUUUAAGUGCUGAAAUUUUAUGUUCAUUUUUUUUUUAAUUUUUGAAAUCUCGUUUUUAAAAUUGUUUCUAUAUUAUUAUAAUUAUGGCUUUAAAACAAAAUCUCAAAUAUUAUUUUCGAAUAUUUUUAUUUUAUGUACAUUAUUUUGUUAAUUAUUAUUUGUUCGUUUUUAAAAAAAUUCAUUUGAUUUAUUUUAAAAAUUUUAAUAUUUUAUUUUAAUGUUUUUUUUUUUUUCUUUUUCGUUUCACUGUCAACUCUUAUAAUAUUUUGGCAAUUAUAAAUUAAUUAUUAUUCAAAAAGCAA